AUGCUGCAAACUAUUGUGAUCGGGAAUGAUUCUUUCGGAUCCGUGAAAACCUUCAAAAUCGAUGGAUUGAAUCGAUUGAAAACUAUCAGAAUCGGAAUCAAUUCAUUUACCAAGAUCAAGAAUUGGUAUGGCAAUGAUGAGUCAAAGUCAUUUCACAUAUUGAAUUGUGAAUCAUUGGAAUCCAUUCAAAUCGGUGAAUAUAGUUUCAGUGAUUUUGCUGGCGACUUUGAAUUGAAAAAUCUACCCCGCUUACAAGAUAUCAAAAUUGGGUCAUUAGGAGGUACAUCAAAUAAUUUCUAUGGAUGUUCCUUUGUGAUACAAGGUAUUAAUCUGCUAUUGCAUAUUGAAAUUGUUUAG